AUGCAACGAAGUCCCGCUGAAGGUUACCAACAAGCCUCGCUUUCCGAGCAAAAAGUAGACGGUGAAGACUUCAUCCAAACAGAUGUCUGCCCCAAAGCUGGAGACUUCAUCUUGGAUUUAGGCUGCGGUACAGGAGAACUGUCUGCAUACCUCGCAGAGUUGGUAGGACCCGAAGGAAAGAUUAUUGGUAUCGAUCCUGACAAGGAACGAAUUCAACUGGCCAAAGAGUCGCACAGUCAAAUCGAGAAUCUCUCGUUUGUAGAAGGGAGUGCCAUAAACUUCCCAGGAAUUGGUGCUGAAGUCUACGACAUCAUUUUCAGUAAUUACGCUCUUCAUUGGAUGACUAACAAGCAACAAGUCUUCAACAAGUUUGACAGUCUUAAGGUUGGAGGAAAAGUAGCCAUUGAAUACAUGUCCUAUCUGCCCUUGUUUGAUUACAACACUUACGUGCUACUAAAUCCCGAAAACGCAGAGCGCAUUUUUUGUUUGUUUCAUCUUGAGUGA